AUGAAAGGAGGCAUCACAAGGGCAAAAGAGCACUUAAUGAUCAAGCCUGGAAAUGUUGUUGGAUGUAAAAUAGUUCCAAAAGAUGUUAUUGCUGAAUUAUGGGAGUAUUACCAUCAGAAAAAAAAUCGAGGAAGACAAACUGCCACCCCGGGAAGCACCGAAGAACAUAAUGUCAAUGUUAGGGAACUUGACUUAGAGAGUUUGGGGUUCGGAUUGUCAGAGAAAGAUGCUCAAGGAAUUGAUGAACCUCAUAAUCCAGCUCCAAUGGCAGCAGCUAGAGGGGGUACAAGUAUUACUAGAGGGGGUACAACUAGCAUGAGAGGUCCAAUGGACUUGUUUAUUAGAAAACCUGAAACUUCCAUUGCAAGAAACAAAAGAGAGAAAUUGAGGCAGCUGAACAUCAAGGAAGCAUGUAAUAAGGAAGCAGCUCGUAGAGUUCAUCAAUACAUAGAAUGGUGGUUCUACCAAGCUGGGAUUCCAUUGAACCCGGUAAAGUUGAAGAGUUUUCAAGAAAUGUUGUGGGCUGUUGGAAGCUUUGGUCACAAUUUACCUGCUCCCAGUUAUCAAGCUCUAAGGGUUCCGUUGCUUAAUGAGGAGUUGGAUUACACCAAAGAAUUGUUGAAGGGUCAUAAGAACAAUGAAAAAACUGGGGCAACGUUUUUGAAGUCUAUUGAUGCUUCUGAUUAUGUGAAGACUGGUGAGAAAUUAUUUGAGCUUCUUGAUGAUGUGGUCGAGGAAAUUGAUGAGCACAACGUUGUUCAAGUUGUAACUGAUAAUGGGAGUAAUUAUGUUCUUGCUGGUAAGUUGUUGAUGGAGAAAAGGCCAAAUUUGUUUUGGACUCCUUGUGCUACCCACUAUUUGGAUUUGAUGCUUGAGGACAUUGGGAAGUUACCAUUAAUUAAAAAAACCAUAAAAAGGGCCAUCUCGUUGGUUAGCUUCACUUAUAGUCACUCUAGCACGUUAGCUAUGUUGAGACACUUCACAAAUGGCAAGGAGUUGGUAAGGCAUGCAGUCACCCGAUUUGCCACUUCAUUUCUCUCUUUGGAAAGGCUUUAUGAGGAGAAAGGAAAUUUGAGAAGAAUGUUCACCUCGGAUGAAUGGGCAAAGAAUAAGUUGUCAAAGGAGGCAAAGGGGAGGGAGGUAACAAAGAUUGUUAUCAUGCUAUCUUUUUGUAAUCAUGUCAAGUACACCCUUAAGAUCGUGGGCCCUCUUGUUCGGGUGCUUAGACUUGUUGAUGGAGAGAAAAAGUCACAAAUGGGAUAUAUUUAUGAAGCAAUGGAGAAGGCAAUGGAAUGCAUCAUGAAAAUAUUUCUUAAUGAUGAGAGCAAGUACAAUAAUGUUUUUAAAAUCAUUGACAACAGAUGGAAUUGCCAACUUCAUCGUCCGUUGCAUGCAGCCGCAUUUUGGUGGCGGACAUAUGGGCAUGAAGCUCAAAACAUGCGAGACCUUGCUAUCAAGAUCUUGAGCUUGACUUGUAGUGCUUCUGGAUGUGAGCGCAAUUGGAGUAUAUUUGAGCACAUUCAUACUAAGAAAAGAAAUAGACUUGAUCAUGAAAGGAUGGAGAGUUUGGUCUUCAUAAAGUAUAACCAACAACUCAUCGAGAGGUACAACCUUAAAGAUGAAGUUGACCCUAUUGCACUCAAUGAUAUUGAUGAGUGUAAUGAGUGGUUAGUGGGAGAAAUUGGGACUGUCACCUUUUGA